AGAGAGAUAGAGAUAGAGAAAGACUAAUACCUUGAAAGCGUCAAGAUACGGAAGAUAAUAAUGAGUGGAUCAGAUGAGAACAGACACGGAGUCAUUGGACCGAUGAAUCGACAACAAGGGGUUUUACGUGGAGGAAAGGUAAUUCCGACGAAUGGACAGACACGAAGGGCACUGAGUAAUAUAAACAAGAACAUCAUCGGAGCUCCUGUUUAUCCUUGUGCUGUCAACAAAAGACCAUUCACUGAGAACAAUGGGAUAUGUAACAAUAAGAUUCCACCUGUUCCAGUGCAUCGACCAGUUACUAGGAAAUUUGCUGCUCAGUUAGCUGAGAACAAUCCUCAAAUCCACAAGGAGGAAACCAAGAAACCAGACUUGAUUUCGAACGAAGCAUUAGAUAGAAUCAUAACAGAUGUGGAAGAAGGAGACUUUAAUGAACCAAUGUUUGUUCAACACACUGAAGCUAUGCUUGAAGAGAUUGACCGAAUGGAAGGGAUUGAAAUGGAAGAUUCAAAUGAUAUUGAUGUUGAAGUAGAAGAGUCUGUGAUGGAUAUAGACAGCUGUGACAAAAACAAUCCUCUAGCUGUAGUUGAAUACAUCGAUGACAUAUAUUGCUUCUACACGAAAAAUGAGUGUCGUAGCUGCGUACCGCCUAAUUACAUGGAGAAUCAACAUGACAUUAACGAGAGGAUGAGAGGGAUCCUUAUUGAUUGGUUGAUUGAGGUACAUUACAAGUUUGAGCUGAUGGAGGAGACGCUUUACCUGACAAUCAAUCUCAUAGAUCGAUUUCUUGCGGCUCAUCAUCAUAUCGCGAGGAAAAAGCUUCAGCUUGUGGGUGUAACAGCUAUGUUGCUUGCUUGCAAAUACGAAGAAGUUUCAGUUCCAGUUGUUGAUGAUCUUAUCCUGAUCUCUGACAAGGCUUACACUAGGACAGAGAUUCUUGAUAUGGAGAAGUUAAUGGCAAAUACCUUGCAAUUCAAUUUCUGUCUGCCAACUCCGUAUGUGUUCAUGAGACGGUUUCUCAAAGCUGCACAAUCUGACAAAAAGCUUGAGCUUCUAUCAUUCUUCAUCAUCGAGCUUUGUCUAGUGGAGUACGAGAUGCUUCAGUACACUCCUUCUCAGUUGGCUGCAUCGGCGAUCUACACAGCUCAGAGCACACUUAAAGGAUUCGAGGAUUGGAGCAAAACCAGUGAGUUCCACUCAGGCUACACCGAAGAAACGCUUCUGGAAUGUUCGAGAAAGAUGGUUGGUUUGCAUCACAAGGCAGGGAUAGGGAAGCUAACAGGUGUUCACAGGAAAUACAACACAUCCAAAUUUGGUUAUGCUGCAAGAAUUGAACCAGCUGGGUUUCUUCUGCUGUGAACGAACCAACUGUUAAAAUAAGGUCACACGGAAUUUAUAAUGACUUGACCAAAUUUUAUCACUGAAGACUGAAGAGACAGCAAUAUAAGUUGCAUAUAUGGGGGAAAUUUCUGAACACGUACGUAUCUCUGUGUGGGUUCACUUGUCUGUGUGGAUGGUUUAAUUUUUUCAUUUUCGUUGCUAAGAGAAUAAUAGAAAGCGUUUUCG